CAACACUCUCUCUAUUGAUCAGAGCAGGUGCUGGACUUUCAAACACAUCUCACUGAUGUCCGAGGAGAAAUGGCUCUGCGGUAGGACUCGUUGAGCUCCAGCGUCUGACCGAACGAACUUCAGAUUCUCAUCCAGUCUCGAGCUCAUCGAUCAGCGGCUCUUUCAUACUGAAGCUUUUUCGCGGGUCUUUGCGGCAUUUUCUGCCUUUAAAUCAGCGUGAGCUGUAGCGCCUGAACGGAGGCUGAUGAUGAAUAUGAAACACAUCAGAUCGGGCAUAUAAUGGGCAUCGAGGACGCGGGAAUGAGGAACGGACGGGCUCUGUCCGAUCAGUGGGCCGACAGCGUGGUGGUCCGACCCCGGACUACCGAGCAGCACAUCACGGUGCAUAAGAGACUGGUGCUGGGCUUCGCGAUCUCCAUCCUCACCCUCAUCAUCGUCACGGCCAUCGCCAUCACGCUCAGCGUCAGCUUCGAGAGAUGCGCCGCGGAGAGCAGCGGGGCUCUGGCCGCCAACGGCUCCAGCAACAGUAAGUGGAAACAGUCCCGGGACGGGAACAUCAGUCACAGAGACUCGGAGGACGGCCAGCAGCCCUGGAGACACUUGCGCUUACCGGCCACCCUGCGCCCGCGCCACUACGACCUCCGGCUGACCGUGCACAUGGAGAACUUCAGCUUCUCCGGCGAGGUGAACAUCGAGUUUGAGUGCGUCAACUCUACCAAGCUGAUCGUGCUGCACUCGGACCGGCUAGAGCUGGACAAAGUGCUGGUGUUUUCGGACAGUAAGAAAGCGGGCGCUAUGCGGAUCCAGCGCCGCUUCCAUUAUCAGCCCAAACAGGUGUAUGUGAUCGCGCUGCACAGAGAGAUGAAGCCCCUCAGAACAUACAAGAUCAACAUCACCUUCACCGCGCACAUCGAGCACGAGCUGCUGGGCUUCUUCCGCAGCUCAUACAUGCUCAAUGGAGAAAGAAGGUUUUUGGCGGUGACGCAGUUUUCUCCGACUCAUGCUAGAAAGGCCUUCCCAUGUUUUGAUGAGCCCAUCUAUAAAGCCACAUUCAGAGUGAGUCUGAAACACGAGAGCUCGUAUCAAUCGCUGUCCAACAUGCCAGUGGAGGCCACUACGUCUGAUGAGGACGGAUGGGUGACAAAUCAUUUCUCCAGGACGCCCCGCAUGUCCACAUAUUACCUGGCCUGGGCCGUUUGUAACUUCACCUACAAAGAAGCAGUCACAGAUAAUGGAGUUGUGAUUCGGCUGUACGCCAGACCUGAUGCCAUCCAGAGCGGAUCGGGUGACUACGCUCUGCGCAUCACCAAGAGACUCCUGCAGUUUUACCAGGAUUACUUCAAAGUCAAAUAUUCCCUCCCCAAAUUAGAUCUGCUGGCAGUGCCAAAACAUCCAUAUUCCGCCAUGGAGAACUGGGGCCUCAGUGUGUUUGUGGAGCAGAAGAUCUUGCUGGAUCCUGAAGUUUCCUCCUUCUCCUAUCAAAUGGAGCUCACCGUGGUGGUGGUGCACGAGAUCUGCCAUCAGUGGUUCGGGGAUCUGGUCACACCGGUUUGGUGGGAGGACGUUUGGCUGAAAGAGGGAUUCGCUCAUUAUUUUGAGUACAUUGGGGCUGAUUUCCUCUUUCCAAAGUGGAACAUGGAGAAGCAGAGGUUUCUGACUGACGUCCUUCAUGAGGUGAUGUUGCUGGAUGGUUUGGCCAGUUCUCACCCGAUCUCUCAGCAAGUGUUUGAAGCCACAGACAUCGACAGAGUCUUUGACUGGAUCGCCUAUAAGAAGGGAGCUGCUCUGAUCCGAAUGCUGGCAAACGUCAUGGGACAAACACUAUUCCAGAGAGCCCUCAAUGAUUACUUGAUGACGCACAUGUACGGGAAUGCAGCAAGAGAUGACUUAUGGAACAAACUCUCCGAGGCUAUGCAGCGAGAGGGAAAGGAUAUCAACAUCACACAGGUUAUGGACCGCUGGACUCUACAGAUGGGCUAUCCGGUCGUCACCAUCAGCAAGAACGACAGUCUGGACAACAGCAUCACUAUUUCCCAAGAGCACUUUGUCUACGACACAGACGCCAAGAUCCAGAAUCCUGAGCUGUUCAACAAAAGCUUCCAGUGGCAAAUACCGCUAACGCUGGCAGUGGGAAACGCCAGUCACAUAUCAACUGAGACCAUCAUUUGGGUCACAAAUAAGUCAGAGACGCACAGAGUGGGUCACAUGAUUGGUGAGACGUGGUUGCUGGGCAACAUCAAUCAGACGGGCUACUUUAGAGUGAACUACGACCUUCACAACUGGAAACUUCUUAUUCAACAGCUUAUGAGCAACCCGACGAUCAUCUCUGUGGGCAACAGGGCUGGUCUGAUUGAUGACGUCUUCAACCUGGCGAGAGCUGGAUAUUUGCCACAAAACAUCCCCCUGCAGAUGAUCUCCUAUUUGUCUCAGGAGACUGAGUUUCUGCCCUGGCACGCUGCAAGUCGAGCACUUUACCAGCUGGACAAACUCCUGGACCGCACUUUAGACCACAGCCUGUUCAGCGAUUAUGUUCUAAGACAGGUGGAACCAAAGUAUCACAAGCUAGGCUGGCCAGCCACUUCCCCUGAUGGCUCCUUCAUCUAUUCAGCUUAUCAGACAGAAGAGCUGCAGAGAGAGGUGAUCAUGCUGGCCUGCAGUUUUGGAAACAAACACUGUCACCGCCAGGCUGUUUCUCUCAUUUCAGACUGGAUUUCCAGCAACAAGAACAGGAUUCCACCCAACGUCCGGGACAUUGUGUACUGCACAGGUGUUUCUCUGAUGGAUGAGGAUGUGUGGGAGUUUAUCUGGAUGAAGUUUCACUCAUCUACAGCUGUCUCUGAGAAGAAGGUUCUUCUGGAGGCCUUGACCUGCAGUGACAACAUCUUCCUGCUUAACAGGCUCCUGAAUCUGUCCCUCACGUCAGACCUGGUGCCGGAUCAGGAUGUAAUUGAUGUCAUCAUACACGUGGCCCGCAAUCCACUGGGAAGACAUUUAGCAUGGAGAUAUUUCAGAGAGAAGUGGGACAUUUUAAACUCCAGGUAUGGAGAAGCUUUAUUUAUGAACUCAAAAUUAAUCAGCGGUGUGACAGAGUUUCUCAAUACUGAGGCCGAAUUGAAUGAGCUGAAAGAGUUCAUCCUGACCAGCGGAGGAGAGUCGGCGCCUGCGUUCGCUCGAGCCGUCGAGAUCGUUCAAGCCAAUGUAAAAUGGCACAUCCUGUUCCAGGAACAGUUUUACCAAUGGCUGCGGAAAGCUCCCGAUGGAUAAUGCAACAUUUCGCAUGGAGCGUUCAAUUAGCAUGGAAACUCAUGGCCAGCGACGUAGGGAGAUUUAAGCGUUUAAAAAAACAAAAAUCAAAAACCUAUUCCAGACAAUGAAAAUGAGCUUUAAUUUCCCUGCUAUUUUUGAAGGCCCUCGCAAUCCAGGAUGCAAGAAAUGACAGAUAAAAACCCGAAGGAAUCAACAUCGGAAAUUGCAUGGUGGCGUCAGCAGCGACAGAUGAUUUACAUUCAGUUUCCCCCCUCGUAUUUUGCAUGAAAGUCAUUUCCUUCUUCCAAGUCAUUCUGAAGUUUGACCUUUUUCCGAGUCCUAAGAAUAUCGAAUUUGUUUUGAAGAGCGGACGGCGGUACACAGAGAUUGCUCUUCGGUAUAUAUAAAAACACAAUUUAGAUUAAGCACAACAACGUGACAAUCAGUGCUAUGAUUGGAAGAGGACGAGGAGGACAAAGAAGAGAAACAUUCAUGUAGCCUUUUCUCUCUCUAAAGCCAUAAAGGGGAGCGAUGACUGAAUUUGAUGUCUUGUACAGAAUAUGACGCAUAUUGUUUGGUCAAGCGACGCCACUCGACGGCCGUCAGAAGAGGGAGUCUUUAAGUCGUGCUUGAACCAGUGAUGGUUUCACCCACUGGUGUCCUGGAUCAUUUGCAUUCUCAUGGUGUUACCGUUGGCUCUCCUGUUUUGGAGGGUUUGUCCUUGAAUAUGGUAUGUUUGUUUGAGUGGAAAAAAUAAUCAGUGUAUCAAUAUUUUCAUGUAUAAUUCAUUGAUUGACUGGACUGAGGUCAGUUAAUGCAGUGCUGAGAUGUAUUAUCGUUGUGAGGUUCUGAAUGGAUGCUCCUCAUGGAGACUAAUUAUAAGGUUUCCAUUGUUUUAUGUUUAUCUUUUUCUUUACAUGAACAUGAAUGCACAAGAAAAUGUCAGAUUAUAUACAAAAACUAACUCAUUUGUACAAUAUUUACUCAACUGCAUUGUACUCAGCCAAAAAUAAUGUAUAUGGCCAACUGAAUUGGAUAUAAAACUGGCGAAUUAUCAUAUAUAUUUGACUAAGGUUUGGGCAAAAUUCAGAAUUGAAGAACAUGGCUGGAAAUACAAGUACACAGUGACACAACAGAGGAUUUUCAGUAGUCUAACAACAGGAUAGAGAUGAAAUAUAGAUAAUUCUUUAUCAACGAUUCCAAUUUAUUACCUGUUAGACCUUUUUCUCAAACAUAAAUUAAAUACAAUGAAAUCGGUGAACUGUUAUGUGUCCAUAUAGACACAUGAUGACAGUAUAAAAUUUCAUAAGAGUCUUUAAUAGUAAAUCUAAAAAAAGAAACAGGAGAUCGCAGGAGAAAUGUAGCACCAACUCAAACUAAUUAAUCAACAAUUAAUUAAUCAACAAUUAUCAGAACCAGAUUAUAUAUACUGAAGGAGCUGAGAGACUUAUGGUGCAAUCUUGUCACGUCAGUUAAAUCAUAUGUACAAAUUAAAUGUACUUCACAAAGCUGUUAAUGUAAGUGGAAAACAUUUCUUAAAGCCCCGAGUUGUGUCAUUGAGAAACAUGGUGGAAUCGAUAAAUGUAAGAUCUAUCAGGCUUGUCAUGGCAAAAAAUAAAUAAAUAACUUUGAAUGUGACAGGAUUGUAAUGUAACAGUUAAUGUUUUUGUGCAAUUUAGGUUAAUGUGGCUUCAUAAAUUAAAAACACACCUGAUGCAAAUUAUUUCCACUGUCUGUAUUAUUACAGAUAAAUUAUUUCAAAACCCUGCUGUAUUUGAUUGUAAUUUAUCAAAAUAAGUUACGCCGCUAUCUUGUGGUACUUGAUGUCAUACUUAAUUAUGUCGACUCUAAGUACAAACUUCCUAGGAGGACCUGAAUACAGCAUUAAAUGCAAGGGAUUAUUAACUGAAUAGGAACAAGUGUGUGGAACCAAAGAAUUGCCAUGGUAACUAAUUAGUGGAGGACAAGAUAGAGCAAAAAAAGAUUAACAAAAGCCAAACACAACAUUAAUAUACACUCUCAGAAAAAUGGUACAAUAUUGUACCAAAGAAGGUACAAACCCUAGUCACUGGGGCAGUACCUUUUUAUGGAACAGAAUUGUACCCUAAGACAAAGAAACAGAUUUGUACCAUUGCAGUUUGUACCUUUAAGGACAUAAUUUGUACCAUGGAAAGCCAAAAUGUACCUUUGGUUUUUAAAACCUUCAUCAAAGGUACAAAUCUGAUCCAUGAAGGUACCACUACAAUGACUACACAUUUUGUAUGUUACAGUGUCAAAUGUGUUCCUUCAAGAACUAUUUAAAGGCAUUUUGCUAAAUCCAAAUUGCGUAAAUUUAUUUUCAGUAAAAAUAAAACAUCGAAUACAUUUUUAAACAAUGUUUUUAAAAAAAAGUUUCUAUUUGUGUAAAUGCACCUUUUUUCAUUUACAAUAAAGAAUAAAAAAUACUUUAACAUUAAUCAAAAGAUCUGUUUGCUAAACAUUUCACAACAUUUUUCACAAAAAUAUUACAGAAACACAUUCUCCCAUGUACAAUAUACAACUUUUUUAUUUUCUCCAGUUUUCACACAAUACCUUUGUAAUCACCCUUAAAGUUCAUUUAAUUUACUCAAUUUUAAAAUACAAAUCGAAUUAUACACAAGUAUUGUAAUGAGAUAUGCACAAUGUUAGUUUUACAAAAGUAGAAAGUCUGCAUGAACACUUAUUGUCUGCAUAUGCAGGACUUUUGCCAGCUCACGUGCGUAGUGGAAAGCAAACGCUAAAAGGUUUCAUCAACCUUCAUCAAGGACAUCAAUAAUGAAAAUGUAUUUAUCUGAAAAUACUUAUUAUGUUUAUUAGAAAUACCUUAAAUGUUUAAUUUACAAUACUUAUAGUUUUGUUUUACCAGUUGUUUUGUAUUAUAGAACUUAAUAGUUAAUGUUUAUGAGUUGCAUAUGCUUUUAAUUGAUGAUUCGUGUUUUAAUAUGGAAAUUAUUCAUAAAAUCACUUUGCUUUUCCAGUAAUAUUUAUUUUCAUAGAUAUUUCAAUAGGGAAGGAGUUGUCCAACAAGUAUCUAUCUUUUUUUAUGAGAACAAUUGUGAACCUUCAUUUCAAUGCUUAUGCCCCAAUGAUGGUUAGGUUUAGGGGUGGGGUUUGGUGUCACCCUUUUAAAAUCAUACAUUUUUGUACGACUGAAAACGUAAAAAUUAGGUACUAAACUAACUAGUAAAAUAGCUAUGUUUCCUCGUGAGAUCAGGCUGGUUAUUACACUAUAAUAACUGUUUUUAAAAGCAACAGUUGAUAACAUGAUAUCAAGGGGUCCAUGUGGUACAGUAUCAUGGGGUCCAUGUGGUAUCAUGGAUUCACUUUCCAUUUUCAUAUAAAUGCAAAUUUGCUGGUUUAUGUUUCUAAUGUAGUUAUAAAUUGUUUUUUAAACAUUAAAAACAUUAUUAGAUAUGCACCGAUACUGAAUUUCUCAGCAAUACUAGUUGAUCAUCUAGAGUGAUAUCUGCUGAGACCAAAAAUGUAGUAGUUCUGCCUUGAAAUAAUGUUAAUCAAUGACAUGAUUUGAAAGAAAUGAAAAUUCCUAACUUUAUUAUCUCAACAAGCUUUUUUCCAAAGUUAGUGGUUUCAAUCAUAAACAGAACAUGCGUUGCUCAAAUUAAACAGAGAUUUUUAACUAAUCAAUUUGUAUUAAUUCAUAUUUUAAAUGGACUUAAUUAUAAAAAUUCAAUGAUUUUUAGACACAAAUUUGCUAAUCAAGAACAAACAUGUUGUGUUAAAUGUGAAAUUUUUGCAGUGCAGACAUUGCAGACUUAGGUUGCACACUUUUUUAAGGUGUCCUUCUUACAGUGUAACCCUAAAUGUCUCGUCAUCUUUGCCACCCAAUUUUACACAAGGAACCUUUUCUUUUAAAAUUUGCUUUAUUUUUCCACCAUGUUUUGAUUGACAGAAUAUUAUCGGCCUUGAUAAUAUAUAAGAUCUGUUUUUAAACCGACUAUUGGUGGAUUUAUCGAUGCAUCCUUCAUUAGUACAUUAACACAGUUGCUUCGUUCAUUAUUGUAUGCUGUAAUUGAUUAUAACAUUACCUGCAGGUAACAUGUUCAAAUUUCUCAAAACAGUUUCUGUUGUCAUAAUUAUUAUGUGGUAAAAAACAAGGUCACAUUUGGUGCUUCUUUUCCCUUAGCAACUGCUUUCAUUAAAGAAAUUUGCAUUGAUAAUAAAAUAUUUAGACUAUAUCCAAUAUUUUAAACAUAAUAAUUUACUUAAUGUGAAGUAUCUAUGUAGUAAAUGCCUAAAGGAAUGAAUAGGAAGAGGAUAAGGUACUUGGCCAUUUGUUUUGUCCAUUAAACUUAUUAGAAAAGCUCACAUAUUAUAUUAUAUUAUAUUAUAUUAUAUUAUAUUAUAUUAUAUUAUAUUAUAUUAUAUUAUAUUAUAUUAUAUUAUAUUAUAUUAUAUUAUAUUAUAUUAUUGGAAAUUCCUCUGUGUGUAUAUUCUGUGUAUGUAUUAAAAUUUCCAUCACAUUUUCAAAUCUCUCAAAUACCGGAAAAAAAGGUAUUUAAAAAACUGAAGUAAAUGAAAGCUCUACAGUGAAUUUCACUCCAUUAUGAAUUCUUCAUCCUCUUUGCUACCUCAAUUCAAAUUCAGGAAUUGAAUUGGAAUUUGCAAGCCAUCCUCAGUUCAAUUCUGAAUGGUGCACAACCCUGGUAAACUUAGUAUCUUCUGUCUGCUUGGCAGUGUGGAUCUCUGGAGGAUUAAAUCUGGAACAUAGGCCACUUUUCUUUUAACCGACUAGCGGGGUCUUUAAUGAAAUCCCCAGACAAAACCUUUUAGUCGGAUUCUUUAAAGUUGUGAGUCGCCUGUGUAAUAUCAGACUGAUUCAACAUGUCGUUUUUUUAAUUUCCCUCCUUUCAUGUUGUGUUUGACGUAAAGCUCUCUUUUGUUUCUAAAUUAGAGAUAAUAUCCUCUGUGUUUUGAGCAGAGCUGCUUAGAGAUUUUAAUGCUUACAAUAAAUUCUUUUGUACAGUAA